AUGGACCUGUGGAACUGGGAUGACGCGUCACUGCAGGAAGUGCCUCCUGGGGACAAGCUGACAGGACUGGGAGCGGAGUUUGGUUUUUACUUCCCUGAAGCGGCGCUGCAAGGGGACGCGCAGACCACACCGAUGACCAUAGAGAGCUGCUGGAAAGGGUUCCCAGAGCUGGACUGGAGCCCCGCUUUACAGCACGAGGAAGUACCCUUCGAGGCAGAGCCUGUUGCUGCUCACCCCCUUCCGUGGUCGCGAGACUGGACAAACCUGGGGUGCAGCACCUCGGACCCGUGGAGCUGCGCAUCACAGCCGCCGGGCCCCGCCCCUCCAGGCACGAGUCCCUCCCCGUCGGUUGGCUUCGAAGCGGGGACGGACCAGAAUCCCGCCACCUCGGCGGGAGGGGGACCCCCCUCGUGGUCGUCGCACCCUCCUCCGGCCACCUGGAGCGCUGCCAGCUGGGACAGUUCUGUGCGCCCCAACGGAGCCACCUACUGGGACGAUGGCCUGUCGGGGGAAGCGCGCGCGGGCUGUCAGACGUCGUCGUGGGGCGGGUCCGCGGGUUCGGACUACGCCGCCCCGUGGGACGCCGGGCUGCAGGGCUGCAGCGUCCCUUGCGAGGGGCACCAGGGUCCACCGUUCAGCACGCCCUCCAGAUCGAGCCAGCGGUCCGAUCGGGCCACCUGGACUCGCCACCACCCCAGAGCCAACCACCGAGGCCCGAUUCAGCUCUGGCAGUUCCUCCUGGAGCUGCUCCACGACGGGGCGCGCAGCAGCUGCAUUCGCUGGACCGGCAACAGCCGCGAGUUCCAGCUCUGCGACCCAAAAGAGGUGGCCCGGCUGUGGGGCGAGCGCAAGAGGAAGCCGGGGAUGAACUACGAGAAGCUGAGCCGAGGUCUGCGCUACUACUACCGCCGCGACAUCGUGCUCAAGAGCGGCGGGCGCAAGUACACGUACCGCUUCGGGGGACGCGUGCCCGUCCUCGCCUGUCCCGGUGACGUGGGACACCUGCCAGGUGCAGAAAGCCAAUAA